CCAACAAAAAGAUUUAUGUGGUGAAGAAAAAUAUUCCAAUAUCUACUACUGAAGGUAACACUGUGAAUGUUUGAAGAUAGUUAAAUCAAAACCACAACAUGGGACGAAAUUUAUUAAUGAGUAGUCUGGAAAACGCUUCAUUCAACAUUGUAUUCCAAAUUUUAUUCCGUUGUGUCACAUUUAUUAUCAAUGCAUGGGUAAUACGUAAUGUAGGCCAUGAAGUCCUUGGUAUAAUGAAUGUUCGGUUAUUGUUAUUAGAGAGUACUAUUCUAUUUUUAAGUCGGGAACCAUUCAACCGUGCCUGUUUAGGCCAAAAAGAUGAGUUUAGUUGGAGUCACAUUAUAAAUCAAAUUUGGUUAUCAGUCCCUAUCAGUUGUGUUUUAUCUUUAUUAUUUGUUUACAUCUGGCUACACAUACUUCCUUCUGGAGACCCUGAAUAUUCUUUUCAAUAUACAUUUGGUUGCUGGAGUGUUGCCCUUUCAUGUGUUUUGGAGCUGUGUUCAGCUAACAUGGCUCUUGUAGCACAGUUGUUUUGUUUUGUUAAGUUUAAAGUUGCUCUGGACACAUUACACAUCUUUGUAAGAACAACAUUAUUUCUAUCAAUUAUAAUUUAUGAUAGAUCUGUAGCUCUUAUCGCCUUUUCAAUAGCACAAGUGGGAAGCAUAGCAACAAUAGUUAUAACUUACUAUAUUUUCUUUUAUUGGUACAUUAAAAAUAAGCCUCUUUAUGCCAAAGGUGCACUUAAAAGCAAGUUUGUGCCUGAACCUGUUUUGCAUAGACUGUAUGACAACAUGGAAGACUUUCAGUUUACUUCAUUGAGAGAUUUCCUGCCUAAAUAUUUGGGCACUGUGAAUUCUACAUUCAACAAAAAAUUGAGUACUCUUACUAUAAGCUUUGCUAAACAAGGUGUUGUAAAACAGUUGUUGACAGAAGGUGAAAAGUAUGUGAUGUCAGUUAGUCCAGUAAUGAGUUUCAGUGAACAGGCUACUUAUGAUGUAGUUAACAAUUUGGGUAGUCUAGCUGCUCGAUUCAUAUUUAGACCUAUUGAGGAUAGUAGUUAUUUCUACUUCACCCAAAUGGUGAGCAGAGAGUUACCACUUCAUAAGCAGGAUAAGUACAAAAUCCAGGAGUCCUGUUCAGUGUUAUCUCAAGUGUGUAAGACUGUUACAUCUAUAGGUUUAAUAGUGUUGAUAUUUGGACAAAGUUAUGCACGAACCUUGUUGAUGUUAUAUGGAGGAGAAGCUUUUGUAGCUAGUGGACUGCCAGUACAAUUGCUUCGCAGCCAUUGCUUGGCAAUCGUUUUGUUAGCUAUAAAUGGAGUGACAGAAUGUUAUACAUUUGCUACUAUGACAAGUGCUCAGUUGAAUAGUUAUAAUUAUUUGAUGGUUUUUUUUUCUGUUAGUUUCUUAUUUUUAUCAUAUGGAUUGACAUAUAUUUUUGGACCUGUGGGCUUCAUUGUAUCUAACUGCAUCAAUAUGUUUGCUAGAAUAAUGCAUAGUAUCCAUUUCAUUAGUAAUAAAUAUAGAGGUACAGAUUAUAAACCUCUGGAAGGACUUUAUGUUGGAAAAAUGUUUCUAAUAGUCCUGUUUGUUGCUGGAUGUAUCUGUAAAUUAUCCGAAAACAAAUUAUCCCACCAUUCUAUAAUCACGCACAUAUUUAUUGGUGCAGUAUGCUUGGUUUUUGUUCUCCUUGCUUGGAUUUACGAAAACAGAGCACUUUGUAUUCAAUUGUAUAAAAAACUUUUUAGAAAAGAUGAUAUUAAAAAACAUUCACAAGAUUAGCAUACGGUUUAAUA